CAGCUGAGCUGUAAUCUUUUUGGACAUAUUUUUCGCAACAGCUAUGAUAUCCCUUCAAGUUCUGAUGUUGGACAGCCUAAUAUUGAUCCAACACACAAUUUACAAUGACAACCGAGAGAAAUGUUUAGCUAUGUUCUCAAUACUGCAUAGUGUUUGUGGAUUGCUGAGCUAAAGCUAGCAACUAAUAAUGCGAAAGGUUUCCUAUGGCUAACGUUAGCUGGGAUAUUCGACUCAUGUCGACCAGAGUUGUCAUCGUUCUCCCUGGAUCGUCUGAGACCAGUCAUCUGGACUGCUGAUGGAACUGAGGAGUAUUUCUGUCUGCAAUAAAGCCUUUUUGUGGGGGGAAACUAAUUCUGAAUGGCUGGGCCUGUCUCCCCAGUGGGUGCGUCCCUGCCCAGUUAUGUGAAAUCCAUAGGCCACUAUCCCAUUCCCAAAUGGAUGAUAAGCAUGGAGUACGUUCUUAGCAUGUGGACUACACACCCCCACUCUACAAGCAGGAGACCACACCCUCCUAUCAGUACAGGAGCACCAUCUACAGCGGGCUAUCUCGGCACAGCAGGUGUAUGGUGAGAAACGGGACAACAUGGUCAUCCCCGUCCCCGAAGCAGGGAGCAACAUCGCCUACUACGAGUCCCUAUACCCUGGGGACUUCAAGAUGCCAAAGCAGCUCAUUCACAUACAACAGACUGGACAUUGGCGAGUAGUAUACUCUGGAACGAUGUGCACGUCUACGGAGCCUGACCAGAAGGCUGCCCCUUCUGCUGCGGCGGUGUUUUGGGUCGGCUACUGGGGAUCAGAUCCAUUGUCCUGGGUGGUGUUCCGAACAGAGGAUCCGCUUCGGGAAAGUCGUAUUCCUGGUCGUAAUGUUGCUUUCAGUUUGGAUACAGAGCAGCCGGACUACGACCUGGAUUCAGAGGAUGAGGUGUUUGUGAAUAAGCUGAAGAAGAAGAUGGAGAUCACCUCUCUGCAGUUUGAGGACAUGAUCGACCGGCUGGAGAAAGGCAGUGGCACGCAGCUGGUGAACCUGCAGGAGGCAAAGCUGCUGCUGAAGGAGGAUGACGAGCUGAUCAAGGAGGUGUUUGACUACUGGACCAGGAAGAGGAAAAACUGUAAGAGCAGUUCUCUCAUCCCCACGGUGAAGCAGGAGAAGAGGGACGGAUCUAGCACCUCAGACCCCUACGUGGCCUUCCGCAGGAGGACCGAGAAGAUGCAGACUAGAAAGAACCGUAAGAACGACGAAGCUGGGUAUGAGAAGAUGCUGAAACUGCGGAGGGAUCUGAGCCGAGCCGUCACUAUUCUGGAGAUGAUUAAGAGGAGGGAGAAGAGCAAGAGAGAGCUGCUCCACCUCACCCUGGAGAUUGUUGAGAAGAGGAACGGCAUGCCUGACUACGGCAGUGAGGUGAUGGCUGAGGCCCUGGCCCAGAGGGCUCUGGUGAAGCCCAUCUACACGAUACCCAUCAUUCCCCUCUCCAACAGCAACCAGUACCGCCACCAAGACCACAUGGACAUGAAGGACUACAAAACUAAGCCAGAGAAAACUGAAGUGGUCCGAAUGAAGAGGAAGUACGAGAAGAAGCCUAAGAUUCCUCCUCUCUCUGCACCCCAACACUCUGGCCCCUCUGUGUUCAACCCCAAGGACCUCAAUCAGUACGACUUCCCCAGCUCUGACGACGAACCCUUUUCCCAGAUCCAUUCAGGUUCCUCGGAGGCAGAGGAGGAGAAUGACCCAGAUGGCUGCUUUGUGUUCCGGAGGAAGGUCGGCUGUCAGUACUAUGCUUCUCGCCUGAACCAGAGUGGUAACUGGCCAUGGGUCAGCCCGUCGGAGGGCGGUUUGGGGGACCCUCGUUUCCGCUACUGUCUCACGUCUCUAACGGUGCCCCGGCGCUGCGUAGGGUUGGCACGGCGGCGCACGGGCAGAGGGGGCAGGCUGUUACUGGACAGAGCACACACAGACCUGGACAGCGUUUUCCACAGCCUGGACUCGGACCCCGAAACCGAACCACUUCAAGACUCAUCUUCCACAAGCUCUCCUCUCCGCAACGUAGAGCCAGCCAGUACCUCAGACGCCAAUACCUCGGACCGAACCAAUACUUCCAACAACCACCACCCCUCCUCCUCCAUCCCCUCUUUCUCAUCAUCUGUGGACCUCAGUGAGAUUCUUUUGAACAUUAAGUCGUGCCGCUGGAGGCACUUUAGGCCGCGGACACUAUCCCAUCACCCCCUGGGUGGAGGCGACAUCUCACGCUAUAGAGGAUUUAACCGGACUACGUCCUCGGGAUAUAGCAAGCUCCUUGGGAGUGGAGUUAACACCCGACCCUGCACUGGCCCUGGAGCUACCCCCGUCACCGCGUUCACAGCAGAGCAGUACCAGCAGCACCAGGAGCAGCUGGCCCUGAUGCAGAAACAGCAGCUGGAGCAGAGUCAACAUCAGCAACAGACACAGCCCAACACAGGCACAACCUCUACUACUACAACAUCCACAGCAACACCAUCCAACACACAGUGUAUAAUCUCUAAGACAUUAGACUCGGCCAGCGCCCAGUUUGCUGCCUCUGCCCUGGUGACCACGGACCAGCUGAUGGCCUUCAAGGAGGAGGGGGUUCUGGGAAGUGGAGUCAACGGGGUCCUCCCAGGCUCAGGAGUGUACAAGAGCUUACACCUGGCCAGCACCACCCACCACCCUAACAGCAACCAGACUCUCACCCCUCCUCCAUCAACCCCCACCUUCCUCCAGCCCUCGUCCAACCACUCCUCUACCUCUCCGUCCCCCGUCACGGCCUCUUCUCUCACAUUCCCUCCCAAUGCCCAUCACACCCACCUGGGUAAUAAUGCUGCAAACACCUCCCCCACCACCACUCAGGUCCUGAUUGCGAAUAACAUCCGUCUGAGCGUUCCCCACUCAUCCUCCACCCCUGCCCUCCCCAGCCUGGGCGGCACCACCACACGCCACAUACCCAGGGCCCUGGGAGCCGUGCCCUCCUCUGCCUUAAAGAUGGCUGCCAACACCAACUGUCAGAUGCCCAACAAUGUCACCGGGGCUUCUACCAUGGACGUAGGAUCCAGAGAUAAUCACAAUCAAGACAAGCCAGCUCUAAACAGUAUAACUGACAACACAGUGGCCAUGGAGGUGACGUAGCAGAGUGAUGAUGGUGCAGCUAGCUGCCAUGACAGGCAGCCCCAACACUACCCAACCCUCUGCUGCACAACCAGUUCUUAGAGUCUGCUGCUACCCUCUGAGUUCACUCUUUAGGUGCUGUGCACCGUAGCAUUGGGAAUGCAAAUAGGGCAGCAGGUGGGACUCCACACACAUAACGGACUACAUACGUAGUACGGACAGACACGUUUCCACGGCAACUGUGGGAAUGUAUUGUUGCAAUUCUCAUCUCAUGCUUUUUUAAUAUUUGUUUUGUUUUUGUAUUCGUUAAUGAGUAAAAAUUGACAUCUUGUAAAAUAUGAAUAUGGCAAAAUAGUAUCUGUACUAUAACUACAUAUUUGUAAUACCCCCUUGUAUAUACGUUACUUGAAUACAGAAACUUAUUCAUUUGUGAUGUUUUGCACUUGGGAAUGAAAAGAAAAAAGCGAUAAACUAUAGAUGAAAGUUUCAAAUUAAGACGUUUCAUCACUUGCAUGUUGCAGAGCCUGCUGUUAUCUAUUUAUUGUGCUGUGUUUACAGUUUUUUUCUUUUGUUUAUUUGUACACUGUACCUUCAUUGGUUCCUGUGCUGUAGUAAAUGUUAGGUAGCUACGGACUCCUGGGUAUUUUGUAUAUUGUGAACACAAAGCAGGUUUUCCCCCUUUUGGGUUCCUGUACUUCUUUGGAUCAUAUGGAAUUCAAUAGUGACAUAAAGAGACUCUUUGGGGAUGAGGGGAGCCAGAGGAGAAGGUCGGCUUUGGUUCACUUUAAUUCGUGUGGUUAUAUCUCUUCCCGGUAUCUUCCAUUUACAUUGUUAUCCCGAUACAAGUAACAAAACUAGGGAUGAAGUCUCUUCCUGCUGCUUCUGAUUCAAAGCACUAUUUUUUUUUCUUUUUUCUAAUGAUUUGAUUGAUAUUUAAUGCUGCUUUUGUAUAAUUUGUCCCUAGUUUUCAUGCAAUGGUAUCUCUCCCCCUCUCACAAUUCAUUUCUUUUGUAAACAGAAUUGUUAUUUUUGUAUUUUCCUUGUGGUAAAAAAUGAUUAAGCUUCUUCGUAUUGAAAGACUUCAUUAUUUUGUUAAUUGUUCAUGCAUAGGUUAUAAGGGCGGUGAAUGACAGUUAAAAUUGCUGUACGUGUAUCAUCAUUCCAAUUUCUGACAAGAAAAAUCUUGAAGGGGGUUAGCUAAUUGAGAAAGGGUGCAUUUCUCUUUUCUCCCCAGAAGGAUGCAAGGCCAAAAACCACAAGUAUCGGGUGCCUUCCCUUGGGGAACUAUGUGUUCUCUUCUGUGAAGAGUAAGGCACAAAGACAGUGCUGCUAGUAGUACUUGUCUGUGUUGUCACAAUCUGAAUACCCAGUCCAAUGGCAGGAUUUAUCCUUGAAGUUUUCUUGUCCCACCUGGAGGCUGAAAAAAAUUAUAUAUUUUUGUGUGAAAAAAAGUGACCUAACUCUCACGAUAAAAUCAGACAAUAAAGCCCAGGGCAUUAUGUGGAUAA